AUGAGCGUCCGACAAGCGCCGACAUACCAGCAGGGCGCCCCUCAUCGCGAGCGCGUCCCGGACGACGAUUCCGAUGUCGAGGAGGAGGCCCUCGCCAACAACUACCGCGAACAGGUGGGCUACCAGGAUGGAAUGGGUGGUGAGGACUACGACCUCGAGCGCAGCAGCACACUGGGAGGCACACAAGAUCUGCAGGCACAACUCCAAGCCGCAGCGACACCGCUUGAAUACGGCGCCAGUCUCGAGGUCAAGAUCCAGAGCUACGACAGCUACUGCAAUCUCUUCCACUUCAUCUUGAACAGCGAUGGCCCGGUUGAUAUUGAUGUCCCGUCGUACUACUGGGCCUGGGAUGUCAUCGACGAGUUCAUCUACCAAUUCAACUCCUUCUGCGCCUACCGUCAGCGCGCCGCCUUCCAGCAAAAUUCGUCGAGCGCCAACAUCAGCGAAGAGGACAUGACCGUCCUGCGCGAGAACCCACAGGUCUGGGGCUGCUACUCCGUCCUGAACGUCCUCUACUCCCUUAUCCAGCGAUCCCAAAUCAGCGAGCAGCUCGAGGCACGCAAGAGAGGCGAGGAUGGCGCACUAUACGCCGGCGAGUACGGCAACAGACCGCUCUACCAGAUGCUGGGAUACUUCUCCAUCAUCGGCCUGCUGCGCGUGCACUGCCUGCUCGGCGACUUCAGCUUGGCGCUCAAGACGCUCGACAACAUCGAACUUAACAAGAAGGCAAUGUUUGCUCGCGUCAUGGCCGCCAACUUCACCACCUACUACUACAUCGGCUUCUCCUACAUGAUGAUGCACCGCUACGCCGAUGCUCUGCGCGCCUUCAACCACAUCCUCAUCUACGUAUCCCGCACCAAGAACUUCCAGAAGGGUGCGCAGUACGACAGCAUCAGCAAGAAGAACGACCAGAUGUACGCUCUCGUCGCCAUCUGUGUGGCAUUCCACCCCACGCGUCUCGACGACACCAUCCACACCGCGCUGAGGGAGAAGUACGGCGAGCAGCUCACACGCAUGCAGCGAGGUGGCCCAGAGGCCCUUCCAAUCUUCGAGGAGCUCUUCCGCGCAGCCUGCCCCAAGUUCAUCUCUCCAACACCACCCGACUUCGAGAACCCACACCUCAACCCCGACCCCAUCGAGCACCACCUCGCCAUCUUCAUGAACGAGGUCAAGAACAACAUCUUCACCCCCACCGUCCGCAGCUACCUGAAGCUCUACACCACCAUGGACAUCACCAAGCUCGCCGGCUUCCUCGACGUGGACGCCGACACCCUCCGCAGCUGGCUCCUCGUCAACAAGCAGCGCAGCCGCCAAGUCCGACACUCCGAGGGCGGUCUCCUCGAGGGUGACGCUGUCAACACCAGCGACCUCGACUACGCGAUGGAGGGCGACUUGAUCCACGUCUCAGAGGCAAAGAUCGGCCGUAGACUGGUGGACUGGUACCUACGAAACCUCGCGAGAACGUACUAG